AUCACAAAUUAGUGAAAUUAAUGUCAAUUAUUACAUAUUGGCCAUAGAUGACCGUUAUAGGUCUAUAUGAAGACAACGUCAUUACAAAGUCACCAAAAGCACAAUCGAUAACCAAAUUCGAUUUGAACGGGGAAGAAGCAGUGAUCUUCAUCGUCCUUCUUUACUUAUAACAAACAAGUAUCAACCCGUAUAAAGGGUUUAACCCAGAUGUGGCGCAGAGGCAGAGAAGGUUUCAGCGGUCUCCGCCGGUUAUCAACAUCAGUGCGACGGCGCUCGGAAGACGAAGGUGACUGGCUCUAUGCCUCGGAGUGGUGGGGUUCUACUUCUGACGACGGCCAAACUGUUCUCCGAUCAACUUCCGGCAAGGGAAACGGCGUUGUUUCAGUCGUUGCACAUCCGUCCUCCAGACCCAGCAGAAUGCAAUGGUCAAAAAUGGAAAGAUGGUUACAGCAGAGGUGUGAGGAGGUGCAUCCUGGAUUUGGGGAUGAAGGGAAUCUGAGGGUGCUUGGAUAUCAAUGGCGGGUGCUGCAUUUCAAUGAUGUUACUCGCCAGAGCACGGCAAAAGUAAUGGUUACUUGCUGCGAAAACAAGCCGGAGCUUGUUUAUCUUAUGCAGCAACCACAUUGUUUGGCUGUUCCAUAUGUGAAGAGUAUGGUAUCUGCUGGGUUGAGUGCUAUAGCCUCAUGUAAUUUUGAUAUUAUUAGCAGAUUGCAAGGAAAGAAAAAUAUGCGCAUUUUAUGCAUCGGUCACGGUGGGGGAAGCUUACCAUUGUUUUUGGCAAGUAAAAUCCAAGGUGCCAUUGUCCACAUAGUUGAAAUUGACCCCCUUGUUAUCUCGGCCUCAAUUCGCGCUAUGGGGUUCCCAGCUUUUUCACUCAUGACACGAUCAGGUCACCGGGCUGUGUCAAAACCUGAUAUCAUUAACGAAGUUAUGUGGAAAGGCACCCAUGAGAGGAUUUGCCUUCAUGAAGCAGAUGCUGAGGAAUUUAUUACUAAUAAUACCAAUCUAUAUGAUAUGAUCUUUGUUGAUGCUUAUGAUGGUGAUGAUAUAUUUCCCCACAAGUUAUGGAACCCAGAUUUUCCAUUUCUAAAAUCUCUCAAAAAUCGGCUUCAUCCCGAACAUGGCACUGUUGUGGUGAACCUGCAUUCUGACUCUGAUGUAUUGAACCAUGAUGGAUCUACUCCAACUGUUUUUGAGCAAGUUUUGCCAAUGGGAAAGUAUGUCUCUAAAGUUUGCAGAGCAUACAAGGACGUGCUUUUAGGAACUGGAAGCUCUUUUGAAGAGAAAAAAAGUUCUGGCAUUGCUUUUACUGUUGCAGCUCCUUGGGUCUGUAAUACGUCUCUAGUUGUGUGUAGAGGUUUUGCUAAUGAUAAUAACCAAUAUACUAACCGGGAUUUGGCUGUAAACACUCUCAUAUCCAAAUCCCUUGAACUGGAACAUGUUAUGGACUUGCCAUUCUCAUGUUUGGAUUACAUCAAGGGAGGUUUUAUUCUUGUUGACUAGUUUGUUUACCAGAAUAUCAAUGUAAUAUGUUUUUCUUGUUAUAUACAUACUACUAAUAUGUGGUAAAGAGAAACAGAAAACUUAUAUAGUUGUUGAGACACCAAUGUUUUUCUAUAGGUAAAUGUUGAUGGUUAGUAUGGUAA